AUGCGUCGUGAUCGUGAUUUACAACUAGUUGCAGGAACGAUCGUUUCUAGUACUAAUCAAGACGAGAGCACCACUUUGACGACCACAUCAGAACAAAGUGGUUCAAAGGGCAAGGAACGGGAGCAGGGCCACCUUAAGAAAAGACCUAGGAGCUCCGAUGCCAGCGAUUUCCGUAGUUCUUCAUUGCAUUCUGAUAUAAUCCUGCAUGACACACAACCGGCAAAUCAGUAUUUCGGCUCAGAGCGCACGACAGUCUGUCAAAUUUUCACCUCGGGUUCAAAUUGUGCCUCCAGAAGGUGGUCGCGCUGGCACUACCAAGCCAUUAGCCUCCGAAGCCAGUUUCUCCAGAAACUAGUAGUGAACCUGACAGCGAAAGUGGCAGCGCAAACGUAUCAGUUACAUUGCCAUUUACAAGUAAUGUCAACUGUGCCGCCAAUCAGCAUCCACCUACCACUUCCCAGAGAGGUGCCGGUGACGUUCACAGAGUCUCGUCCCCCUUUCCUGACCGUGCCCAAUCAUCAUGGCGCCCCCCUAUUGACGCAAGGUGAAAGUGAGGUUGACAACACAGAGCUAACCGACAACAUAGGUGCCUCCAUGGACGAGAUGGGCACUGACCCGGGUGGUAGUGCACGUCCAACUCAUGCUCAACCACGCAGGGAGCGCACGGGCACGCCCAAGUCCACAUGGAAUAUCUCUGCUACCAAAGUAUUCGUGCGUAAUUUCAUCGCCCAUCAUCCUAAUUUCCAUUACGAUGCUGUCAAGAAAGCAUUUUCCAUGCAUUUAAGGUCCUUGAGGCGCAUUUUUAAGCAGACAGGACUCGAUGAGGCAGCUUUGAAGGCACGUCAGAAAGAGGAUCGGAGAAAGGAACGCAAACGUUCGUUUCUGACCUACGGCAGCAUGUCUCAAUGCUCUCAAGAAUUGGUCCUGAUGAGGGCUGUCCGUCGACUCCCUUGUAAUGCUUACCAUGCUGAGUGGUAUGAUGGGCUCGAUCAAUACGACCGGGAAGAACUUGACAGGUGUGAGGAUGAGGUUUAUGCCUUCACACACGUCCCUAACAUUCAACUGGCUUCUCAGAGGCCAACUGAUACUUGA